AUGUUCGUCUGGGUUUUAUCUAUCUAUCUAUCUAUCUAUCUAUCUAUCUAUCUAUCCCUAGGGGUGGUAGGUUUCCGACACAACACACGGUUAUCUAUCUAUCUAUCUAUCUAUCUAUCUAUCUAUCUAUCUAUCUAUCUAUCUAACUGUAUUGUUAUCUACCUAUCUCAAUCAUUUCAUUAUCUAUCUAUGUAUCUAUAUCUGAAGACUCGUAACACACCUCUGGUUCAGCUGCUUAUAUAUCUAUCAUUGUCAUACGUCUUUUCCCACACUCACAUAUUGGGUGAUCUAUGGAUCUUACAUCUUCUUUCUGUGCAGAGAGACUGGCAUCGCAUCUCUGGAAUGGCUCUCUCUCUCUCUCUCUCUCUCUCUCUCUCUCUCAUGCGGGUUGUUUGCACGCUCGAAAAACUUGUGUUAUUUCGUUUAAUUCUUUCUUUGGAUGUUCAUAUCUAUCUAUCUAUCUAUCUAUCUAUCUAUCUAUCUAUCUAUCUAUCUAUCUAUCACAGUCUGUUCAUAUCUAUCUAUCUAUCUAUCUAUCUAUCUAUCUAUUUAUUACAAUAUUUUAUCUAUCUAUCUAUCUAUCUAUCUAUCUAUCUAUCUAUCUAUCUAUCUAUAUAUAUUUUAUAUAUAUAUAUAUAUAUAUAUAUAUAUAUCUGUUGA